AUGAGUGGGGUGCCGCAUCAGCUAGCGAGGCAUGACUACAAAGCUUUUUUCUUGCUGGUUGUUCUCUACUUCUUGCAAGGUAUACCUGUUGGAUUAGCUUUUGGCACGGUGCCGUUCUUGCUGAAGUCGGGAGCAAGGGAGACGACUUUUACGCAGCUAGGCGUCUUUGCGCUGGCCACAUAUCCUUACUCGCUCAAGAUUAUCUGGUCCCCAAUUGUGGAUUCAAUUUACAGCAAAAAGACUGGACGUCGGCGCUCGUGGAUCAUACCUGUCCAGCUGGCUAGCGGUAUCAUCCUGUGGGCCAUAGGGUUUUGCGUGUCAAACAAUUUAGUAUUUGCCGGCAUUGAUGAUUCUUACAGUACGGGCAACGCGCCGGUCAAACAAGGAGUGCGGCCUACAGACAUCACUACCUUAACUAUUUGCUUUCUUCUUCUGGUGUUCUUGUGCGCUACACAGGACAUUGCAGUUGACGGCUGGGCACUAGAAAUACUUUCAAAACAGUCCUUGUCCUAUGCAUCCACUGCGCAGACUGUGGGACUCAAUACGGGCUACUUUUUAUCAUUUACAAUCUUUUUGACUUUCAAUUCAAGUGAUUUCAUGAACAGGUAUAUCAGAAGUGAACCACUAGAAUAUGGAUUGAUAAGUUUUGGUGGUUACUUGAAGUUCGCGGGAACUGUUUAUCUAGCGGUUACCUUCUACAUCAUGUUCUUUACCAACGAGCGCCCCAGCAAUUGUUCAGUUCUACCUUCCACAGCAAAAAAGAGUGACGAAAAACAAGUAAUCGAUUAUAACGUCGAGACAGGCGCUUCAAGCAUCAGCCUUAAAAAUGUUUAUUUGCUUUUCUUCAAGGUUCUGAAAUUGCCAAGUGUGCGUUCUCUCAUGCUUAUUCACCUUGUCUCAAAAUUCGCCUUUCAAUGCAACGAGGGUGCCACAAAUCUCAAGCUUCUCGAAAGAGGUUUUAAAAGAGAGGACUUAGCCGUCACUGUGCUUGUAGACUUUCCGUUCGAAAUCAUCUUCGGAUACUAUGUGGCAAAGUGGAGCAGUAGUGCAACGUUCGGCCCAAGGAAAUUUGAGCGUUCAAACUUUUUUGCUAGAAUGCUGGUCGGUGAGGCUGGUAUCCUCACACCAUGGCUUUGGGGAUUUUUAGGCCGGUUGCUCUCAGCUUUUCUGGCAGGUAUUUUAGUAGCCAAGUUUCCUUCCGACGGAAUAGUAACGCGGAGUUAUUUUUUGAUGGUUAUAUUUCAACAUCUUCUAGGCUCAUUCAUGACAACCGUCCAAUUCGUUGCCAUAUGCGCGUUUCAUACCAGAAUCGCCGAUUCGGCCAUUGGGGGGACCUACAUGACGCUACUGAACACUUUUAGCAAUCUGGGAGGAACGUGGCCCAGGCUUUUGGUUAUGACGAUGAUCGACCGUCUAACAAAACACGAAUGCGUAGGGACCGGAGCACAGCCACUUGACGCUACCGACGAAGGGCUUUGUAAAGCCGCUGGCGGAACUUGGAUGAUAGUCCGAGACGGAUACUUUGUCUCGAACUUCUGCUGUAUCACAGUAGGGAUUGUGCUGUACUUUACCUUCAUUAGAAAGAGGGCGCAAAGACUUCAGCUAUUGCCUGAGAGCGCAUGGCACUGUUCUUAA